AUGCAAUACAUUUUCUUCGCGUCAGUUUUGUUAAUAAGCUGGAUUUUCGCAUCUACACAUUUUACUGUGUCCCUCUGUCGGUGUCUGCCUGAGCACAAUUGUUGGCCGUCAGACGAGGAGUGGUCAACUUUCAACGCCUCAAUAAAUGGAAACCUAAUCCGCCUAUACCCAGUAGGCUCCGUCUGCCACGAUCCCACAUUCAAUCGGAGAGCCUGUGAAGAGCUCAAGGAGUUAUCCCGCGACACUGGAUGGAGGGCCAGCCAACCGGGUAUCAAUAGCUUUUACUACCGUUUACUUAAUAUAAUUGCCCUGGCUCAUUAUAUCCUACUAGGUGCCUUACAGGACUGGAUUUGGGAAAUUGGCUCCAGAGACAAUGAGUCAUGCUUUUUGACAACCCCCAAGAAGACUUCCUGUCAUCAGGGUAACAUUCCGUUCUAUUCUGCCGUUGUGGAAUCAGAAAAUCACGUCCAAGUCGCCAUCCGCUUUGCCACGCGGAAUAAUAUACGCUUAGUGAUCCGCAAUACUGGUCAUGAUUUGGGAGGCCGCUCAAGUUCGCCAAAUUCUCUGCAGAUAAAUACCCAUCGUCUCCAGUAUACACAGUUUUAUGAUGAUUUUCGCCCCAGUGCGUCCAACCAGUCCUUGGGACCAGCUGUAACUGUUGGAGCCGGUGUUGUGAUGGGAGAAUUGUACGCGAGAUGUGCUCUAAAAAGACAGAUUGUCGUGGGUGGAGAUUGUCCCACUGUGGGGGUAGCUGGUGGUUAUAUUCAAGGCGGAGGGGUGUCGGAUUUUCUCAGUCAUAACCGAGGGCUCGCUGUUGACAAUGUUCUAGAGUUUGAACUAGUGACGGCCAACGCAAGUUGA